AUGAAAAAAGAGUCCUGUCCAGCAUGGGGACAAAAGUGCAAAGCUUGCAGUAAGCCUAAUAACUUCAAGGGAUCUUCAGUGUGCAAGACCAGGAAUAUUCACCAUGUCGGAGAUGAUGACUACUCAUCCUCAGCUGAAAGGAUUAGUUUUGUGCAAAUUAAUGCAGUGGAUAUGGACAAAGAGCAAAUUAUCUGUAACAUGCUUAUCAACAAUCAGAGGGUACCGUUCCAACUAGACUCAGGUGCAACAGUGAAUCUUCUUCCACAAAAGUAUCUAAAAGAGGAGGAUGUAGUUCAGAGUGCAAACAUCCGUCUAUCUAUGUGGAACAAAGCUACGACUCAGGCUAUUGGCAAGUGUAAGGUAAUAACCAGAAAUCCUGCUACUGGCAAGAAAUACAAAGUUGAAUACAUUGUAGUAAAGGAAGAUCUACCUCCACUGUUGAGCAAAACAACAGGGGAAAAGAUGCAAAUCAUUACUGUUCAUUAUGAUUCCCUUGAGCUAGUACGCAGCAUAGUUCCUAAGGACAUUGCUGAGAUAAGUCCUGACAAGUAUCCUGAUGUGUUUUCGUCUUCUUCAAUUGGCACUCUGCCUGGAAGUCCUGUUCAUCUGACAGUUACGGAUGAUGCAAUGCCUACUGUUUGCCCAGCUAGAAUCAUCCCUGAAUCAUUGAAAGGCAAAGUAAAGGAUGCACUUGAUGAUCUUCAGGCAAAAGACAUCAUCGAAGAAGUCAGCUCUCCAACUGAUUGGGUGAUAUUCUACCUCAGCUUUUCAGAUGCUACAGUCUUUUCAAUCUGUGACUUGAAAGACGGAUACCUUCACUGCAAGUUAGAUGAAGAGUCUAGUUUACUGACGACUUUUGCCACACCCUGGGCAAGGUACAGAUGGAAACGUCUUCCAUUUGGUUUGAAAUUCAGCAGUGAAAUCUUCCAAAAGAGGCUUCACCAAGCACUUGAUGGCCUUUCUGGAGUCCGCUGUGUGGCCGAUGACAUCAUCAUCUGGGGCAACAGUGACGCUGAGCAUGAUGCCCGACUAUAUUGUCUACUGAAGAGAUGUCAAGCUGUUGGCAUUGUGUUGAACAAGGAGAAAUGCCAGUUCCGACUGAAGGAAAUCUCAUUCCUUGGCCACAUAGUAUCCAACUCUGGACUCAAACCUAAUCCAUCAAAGAUCGAAGCUAUCCUGAACAUGAGCGAUGCUUCCUGCAAAGAUGACAUCCAUCGUUUGCGUGGCAUGGUAAACUACUUAUCGAGAUACCUACCUAAGUUAUCAGAUGUGAUCAUACCUCUCAAUGAGCCUGUUCAGACCGGCAGAGAUAGCGCGAUCUAG